UAAAUUGUUUCCAUUCGGUUACCUCAUCAUGGCUAACGUGGAUUUAUAUAUCACUUUUGGAUGGGCCCAGCUACUUUUGGAUAUUUAUUUUUUAUUAAACACCCGAACACAGAAUAAUUCAAAUUCGUGAGGCUAUAAAUUAAAAAGGGACACGGAACGAGCGAGUGGGUGGGGGGCCAAAGAUGUGGCCGCAGUUGGAGUCGUAGGCAUCAUUGUGUCAUGCCGAGACUAGCGGCUCUACAUGAGCUCGUCUAGUCUGAUUUGGCCGGGCAGAGAUGUCUCUUGGUCGUCUUCGACUUGGAUGAUGUUGUCGCAGUCGCUAGUUUCAUAUGCAUGCAAUGGAGCGUGGCCUAAUGCGAUGUUGUUUGCCGCAGAUGCAUGUGCACGUUCGUUUCGGUUUAGAGGUGAUAGUUCCCAGACCAAAGGAGCUUCACCUUCUCCGGUAAAACCCACUUUUAUAGUUCGAUUUGGUCACCAACCCCUAUUGGUUCUGUUUACUUAUAUUACCUGUUGCCUGUUGCCCUCCUGUCACAUCAAAUUAAAUUGGAGCGAGAAUUUAUGCGAGACCAACUGAGAAAAGAAAGGGUAGUUAUUGGAAAAGCAUACCCUCAAAUACCCUAACAAAAAUGCAUGUUAAUGGAACCUCAGUCGCAAUUUUUAGGAACCCGAUGAAAAGUACAUUAUAUAUUAAUCAUAUAUAGACUGGCAGUUGUAUUGGUUAUUUAUCAACGAAAUAUUAUUUUGUGUAAGGUAUAUUGUAAAACUCAGAUACCCACAGUGAGUGUAUCCUGUUGCCAACCCAUUGCGCAGCUGCAAACAGUGUUAUUCCUAAAUCUGAGCUGGAAUAUCCUGCUGCAAUGAGCUCAUUACCCAAGGAGCAAGACAAUGGAACAGGCGUACAGUACAGCUUCCCGACUGCGAUGGAUUUGCGUUUGUGGAUUGGCCAUUUCGGUGUAUUCACUGUAUGUCAAAAUGAAACUGAAAGAGGAUAAGAACUAUAGGCCCAUGUGCGAUGUAAAUGAGAAUAUAAGCUGCUCGCUAGUUUUUAAAUCGGGCUAUGGUGAUGGCUUUGGUCUGGCUAACAUAACCCAAGUAAAUGCGCCCAACGGAGCCAUCGGUUGUAUAUUUUAUAUCAUGUACUUCUUGAGCUCUUUCUUUAAUCAUCGCUGGCUGUGCCUGUUCCAAUUGAUAAUAUGCACUCUGACAUUACUUCUCUGCGUUUAUCUGGGUUUCCUGCUGCUUUUCGUGUUUUACGAUUGCUGUUUGGUGUGCGUGACCAUCUAUUUCAUACACACAUGGCUCUUUCAGGAAGUCCUAAGGCGAUAUAGACGGCUUUAUAUGUAAGAUUUGUUAACAACAAUGUUAAGAAAAGCUAAGCUAAAAUUAUGAAGAUAAAUCCCUGAGAUGAGCUACUAACCAGUGAGUUAUUUUAAACUGUCAACGUGCCAUGGCGAAUAUCUCAAUCUUCAUCAGUCGUUUUUUGACCCACACGUCUGGCUAAAAGCAGGAUGCUGAGCCGGCAUCUACCAUUCCAACUCCCAUGACCAAGCACGUAGUGGGGCAAUUAAUUCUGCACGUUCCCAUUUGCCGGCGAAGGCUGUGAUCUGUGAUCCAUAAUCCGCGAAUGGCGCUACUGCCAAGUGAAGUUAACCAAGCUAGCCAAGUUAAUACGGUGGGCGGACUGCGAAAACUCGGCGCAAUU